ACUUGCUCCCUUGCCCGUCACAACACACCCGCCACCAUGAGGCCCCGCCUCGAGGACGUGGCAUGCGCGAUCUGCAUGGAGUCGCUCUUCACGGCCAAGGACGACCUGGACGAGGUGAUGCCCGUGGCCGCGCCAGACUGCGGCCACGUCCUGCACGAGAAGUGCCUGCUCGAGUGGUUCGACUCGCAGAUCCAGCAGUUUAUAAGCACGGCCCACGAGCGCGGGUGGGAGCACGAGCGCGACCCCGGGCCCGAGGACGUACCCGUCGAGUGCCCGCAGUGCCGAACCGAAGUAUACGGCGACGAUGACGGCAAACCCCUCAUUCACCGUCUGUAUGUCAACUUUGGCGAGGCGAGCGCCCACGCCGCGUCCUCGUCGCAGAUGAACUCGUCGCCUGUGGGCCCGCGCGCGACCCAGCACUGGGGCAACCCCGUUGAGCGCGAAGCGCUAGGCCUCGCGCGGAGAGCACGGAACGCGGCGGAUGAGAUCGGCGCCCUCGGCGCGCAGAGUAACGCCGACGAAAUGAACGGCACCCUCCGUCGCGUCGGCAAGCUCCGGGAAGACGUUCUCUCUGCCAAGGCGUCGCAGGGGUUCAAGGCGGUGGCGAUCAACAACCUGCGCGACAAGCUUGAAUCAGACCCCACGGUUGCGGAGCUGCGGGCCGACAUUGAGCGCCUGAAAUCCGCGCGUGCUAACGCCGACUCGCGCGCAUCGCGUAUGGAGACGAUCGGCCUGCCGCAGGCCCAUCAGGCCGGCGUCAUGGAGGAGCGCAAGCGUGCCGAGCGCUUCGUGGCCAAGGCGCAGAUGGAGCGCGACACCUUCCGGCGCGAACUGGACAAGGAGAAGGUUGCGCGCGAGGCGUUCAAGCGCGCGGUGGAGGAGCGCGAAGCCGAGCUGCGGCGGCAGCUGGAGAAAGCGAACAAUGCCCUCCAACAGUCUCAUGCUCAAACCAACGAGCUCAAGAAGACGUUACAGGAAAGGACGGGACAGCUCAAACUGGUCCGCUCCAAGUUAGAGCAACGGAAGGGAUACAAGGACAAGAUUGCAAGUCUGGAAGAGGAGAACCAACGGCUGCGGGAGGAGCCAAUACGCAAGGCUCAGCGAGUUGACAAGUCGCUCGACUUGAUGCAGCCCGGCCCGUCUUCUGGCACGCGGCUACCCCUACCCCGCCCGUCCUCAGAGGCCCCACCGACCUUCACCCCACCACGGCGGCGCCACAACGACGACGACGACCUCGACCUCGGCCCCACACCCAGGACGACGCAGGACGAGUCGCUCUUCAUCGAGGAGCCGUGGGACGCCGGCAUCGCCCUCGAUCUCGGCCUCGUACCUCGCAAGCCGGCGCGCUCGACCACGGCCCGCUCGUUCAAGAUGGACCUGGACAACGGGCUCGUCAAGGACAAGAAGAGCAAGGGCAAGAGCAGCAAGUACUUUGCGAGCGCCGACCCACCCAAGGCGCGCUCGCCCAAGGUGCUCGUCGCUGACUCGAGCCCGUUCCGCCGCCCGUCCCCGCGCCAGUCGCCAUACAGCCCCCCGCGACGCUACGGCACCUCGACAGAGGACGCCAUUGAGCUGUCGCCCUCCCCGCGCCAUGCCGCGCCCCUGCGCACGAUCAACCGCGAGUCGAACCGACAGUCCAACUUCCUCCAGGACAUCGGGGUCGUCGACGCGAACGGCCGCCCGAGAAAGACGCUCGCGACAGGGGUGAGGGUGCGGCCGGGAAAGUUGUGA